GGGUAAUCUGCUUCGAGGAUUUUACCACUUCGGAGUGUUCCAAUUUUUUUUCUUCCCGAAAGUGUAUGACUCGGAGCAGAAGGGGUGAUGAGUCACCCCUCGGAAGGUGCUCGGUCUUGUAUUACGGUGUGGGCCAUAUGCUCAAUGAUAUUACAUCUGCUUGUUGGUUCACUUAUCUCUUAGUCUUUUUGACCGAUAUUGGUCUCCCUCCAAGAGAUGCUGCUAUUGUCAUGCUCGCCGGUCAAGUUGCUGAUGGAUUCACAACCGUUUUCGCAGGUGAACUCAUAGACAGGUACGGACGUUUUAAGGUAUGGCAUGGUGCAGGAUCCGUAUUGGUUGCUGUUUCGUUUUCUUCGGUUUUUGGUGGUUGCUUGCCAUGCAAGAUUCUAGGAUCCUAUUCGUCGUCCAUGCGUACCGUCAGUUAUAGCUUCUUUGCUGCAGUUUUUAACAUCGGAUGGGCUGCCACUCAAGUUUCUCACAUGUCAAUGGUCAACUGCAUCACUCUGAAUUCUACAAGCAGAGUAGUGUUGGCCAGCUGUCGCAAUGCCUUUACAAUGAUUGCCAAUCUUAGUGUAUAUGCCGUUGCUUUCGUCGUAUUCAACAUUAACACGAAAGGGUCGGUUAUUGAUGUCGAGAAUCAGUAUCGGUGGAUAGCAUAUUCCUCGAUUCUCAUUGGGUGUUGUUUUGUGGUUAUUUUUCAUCUCGGUACAGCCGAGCCAAGAUUGAAAAGGGAAGCUCGUGAAAAGGGCCACGCCAGAAUUUCGUGGACUUACUGGUUUAACAAGUUAUUAUACUACCAAGUUGCAAUUGUUUACGUGCUAACUAGACUCGUCACAAAUGUUUCCCAGGCAUUUCUUGCAUUCUAUACCAUAAAUGAUCUGCAAAUGACCCAAUCUUCCAAAGCUUUGGUUCCUGCAGUGAUCUACAUUUGUAGCUUCAUCGUAUCAGUCCUCUUACAGGAAAUAACAUGGAACCGUAAUCGAGUAAAGGCAUUCUAUUCUUGCGGAGGUCUUCUUUGGAUGAUUUCUGGUGCAGGGAUCCUCUUUCUGCCAAUCAGCAUGAAUUAUUUUAUGUACGUUUUGUCGAUAGUGAUUGGAGUUGCGAACGCCUUAAUCAUGGUGUCGGGGGUGAGCAUGCAGAGUUUUCUAGUCGGCGACGAUCUCAACGGAUGUGCCUUUGUGUAUGGAUCGUUGAGUUUUAUGGACAAAAUAUUAUGUGGGCUUGCAUUGAGUGUUCUCGAGUCGUACCAAAGCUCGACUGAAGAAGUGCGUAACUGUCAUCGACCGAAUUUCUCUUUCUCCGUAACGAGAUUUGGGUUAGGUCUAGUUCCGGCUAUUUGUGCACUAAUUGGGGUAUUAGUGACACUAACCAUGAAACUUCCGGAACCUGCGUUAAUGCCUUUGAUGGAACCGCUACUCGCAUAGGCCAUCGAAAAGGUGUCGAGAUUUUGAUAAUUGAGCCAUUAUUGAAUAGAUGGGAGUAUAUUCUGCAGAUGUUUGUAGGAAUUUAUUUUCUCUACAAAAGAAUAU